UCCAGUUUGGAAGGACACCAGCCGGCCAAGGAGGCACCCCAGCUCCAAGGGCAGGCCGAGCAGACCGCCUCCUCCGGCCGCAGCGGCAGGAUCAAACUCUCGGCCAGGCAGCUCGAGAGACCCGCGUGCCGACCUUGUCCGCAGAGGCUUGCCGACCGGAAAGACUUGUUUUCCGCCUAUCGAGCAGAUCAGCUUGGAUGAUGCCCCUCUAAGAAAUACAUCAAGGGACAGCUGAUUUUGACUCAAAAAAACAUAAACAUGUCGUGCACUCAGAUAGACAAUGGCUGUUCAAACUCGGCAGAAGCUACGAAAACAGACCUGAGAACCAAGGAAAAGAAAUGCUCAUGGGCCUCUUAUAUGACAAAUUCUCCAACGGUGAUCGUAAUGAUCGGCCUGCCUGCAAGAGGGAAGACCUACAUGUCAAAGAAACUCACACGUUACCUCAACUGGAUCGGGGUCCCAACCAAAGUGUUUAACUUGGGCGUGUACCGCAGAGAGGCUGUCAGAGCCUACAAGUCCUAUGAUUUCUUCCGCCAUGACAAUGAGGAUGCCAUGAGAAUAAGGAAGCAGUGUGCUCUGGUAGCUCUGAAGGAUGUGAAGAAGUACCUGUCGGUGGAGGGAGGGCAGAUCGCAGUGUUCGAUGCAACAAACACAACAAGAGAAAGACGAGACCUCAUUCUAUCUUUUGUGAAAGAGAAUGCUUAUAAGGUGUUCUUUGUGGAGUCGGUGUGUGACGACCCAGAGGUCAUUGCUGCUAAUAUUCUGGAAGUGAAAGUGUCCAGUCCAGACUACCCAGAGAGACACAGAGAGAGGGUGAUGGAUGAUUUCCUCAAAAGAAUUGAGUGCUACAAGGUUACUUACCAACCAAUAGAUCCUGAUGAUUAUGACAAGGACCUAUCUUUCAUCAAGGUGAUAAACGUGGGCCGGCGUUUCCUGGUGAACCGAGUGCAGGACUACAUCCAGAGUAAGAUAGUGUACUACCUCAUGAACAUCCAAGUGCACUCUCACUCCAUCUACCUGUGUCGGCACGGAGAGAGCGACCACAACGUCGAAGGCCGAAUCGGAGGAGACUCUGAGCUUUCUCCUCGAGGGAAACAGUUUUCCCAUGCUCUACGAGAUUUCAUUGAAGAGCAUGAGCUGUCAGAUUUGAAGGUGUGGACGAGUCAGCUGAGAAGAACCAUCCAGACAGCCGAGGAGCUGUGUGUCCCUUACGAACAGUGGAAGAUACUCAACGAGAUCGAUGCCGGUGUGUGUGAGGAGAUGACCUAUGAGAUGAUCGAGAACACAUUCCCAGAGGAGUUUGCACUGAGGGACCAGGACAAGUACCAUUAUCGCUACCCAGGAGGAGAGUCCUACCAAGACCUGGUUCAGCGCUUGGAGCCGGUCAUCAUGGAGCUGGAGAGGCAGGGCAAUGUGUUGGUCAUCUGCCAUCAAGCUGUGAUGCGCUGCCUGCUGGCUUACUUCCUGGACGAGAGUGCAGAAGAUCUACCAUAUAUGAAAUGUCCACUCCACACGAUACUCAAGCUAACCCCUGUUGCAUACGGUUGCAAGGUGGAACUGUUUUAUCUCAAUGUGGAGGCAGUGAACACGCAUCGAGACCGGACUCUUGUAAGUCCCUCUGGAUUGAGCUGACGAAUCACAUUAUUA